AUGAUCACUACUCUCCUCCUCGUGGCCUUUGUUGCUGGGAUAUUCGUUGGUCUCUUGCGCAGCAAUCGCAUACAGAAGCCAGGGUAUGAACCUGUCAACAUUUUAGAAGGCGUUUCGAGGAUCAUCACCCGCAUCAGGCAGGCAUCAACGACAACCGAGCUUGAGAAAAGUCGGACCAUCGUGCCUGCCGAGGACAUACGCCGGCAAGGAUACCACGGCUUGUUCACCAGGGAAGAAGUUGUUAGCCACUUUGAGCCCUCGUCCUGGCAACGGCUUGCCUUCGAAGAUUUCAAGGCAAAAGUGCUUGCGAGGGGGUCCAAUCUCAAGACCUUCCCCUGUAUCUACGCAACCAUGGGCUUUCGCUCUGGCGAGCAUCGCUACGUCUUCCUGCAAUCUGAUGAUCCAUCUGAGCCACAGAACAUCCGGCUGGUAGGACCUGCGUUACAAGAGUAUCUCGCCAUCGCCCGCUCCCUCGGUUCGAAUACCAGCUUAGCCAUCUUCGCAGCUCCUUCUACUCGCCCCAUCUCCAUCGAAGAACACAACAGCAAGUUCUGGGGUGUGCUUCGUGGUCUGCGUAUUGUCGACCCAUCACCUUGGCCUGCAGCCAUUCCUUCCAAGACGGAGUCAUCCGAAUGGACCUUCUGCUACGCCAACGAGCCGAUAUUCCCUGUUAUGCUGACGCCCUCUCACGGGAAGCGCUACAGUCGGCAGAUGUCCGUGCCUGUAAUUGCCAUCCAACCUAAAUGGGUGCUUGAUCAACUGUUGAAUACGAAGGAAAAUCGCGAUGCGGCAACCGGGAAGGUCCGGAAAUUGUUGGCCGAGUAUGACUCUAUAGAUGUCAGUCCCGACUUGACAGGAUAUGGUGUUCCCGGAACCAGUGAGAGUCGACAGCUUUGCUUGGCCGACGAAAACCAGACCGUCCUCUGUCCCUACCAGGACUUCGACCGAUAA